UUGUCACGCUGCAGAGAGGCGCCAGCAUCUGGAUUCAUCUAACUAAAUCAGACAAAUAUGCCUUUAUGUUAAUUUCACUUUGAGUGAGUUACUGUCCAAAGUCACCCAGACAAACCGCGUUUGAAUAAGUGGAUGAUUUCUUUCUCAGUCUUUCUGAACAUUGUGUAAACAGAAUGGCAGGCUUGGAGAUCCCAACCAAAACACAUGGAGUUGGAGUCUUCAUAGAGCUGAGGAAAAGGCUUCAGACUGGGCUCGUUAUUGCCGGGAAAGAUGUAGCCAGAAGCCCUGCUGAUGUGGUUGUGACAGGCGGAGAUUCAUCCCUCCACAUUCGGACUCUGCGAGGCGAGCUGACCCUGACCUUACCGGCAGGAGUCACCAUGGAGCAGGGAUCCUGCAUUCCAACACCCGCGGGAGAAUCCAGUGAAGAGGAGCUGCAUUACAGGCUGCGCAUUAAUGUUGAGCGAAGCUCAGUUGAAGAGGCCUCUGACAGCGUGAUGGAGACUCUCCGGGCGAAAGAGACUUAUUGCUUCUACUGCCAGGGCUGCAUGACCAGACUGCUCGAGGACAGAGUGUUUAAGCGAGUUCUUCCUCUCCCUAAUGGAAACUGGAACGCCAUUGUGGACGACUGGUGUUGCCACCCUGAUCCGUUCGCUAACAAGAAGUUGCUGCCCAGAGCAGAGGAUUGUUUACUGGGCGACACCUUCCUCCUUCUAGCCAGAGAUGACAGCUGUGAUCAGGCUCUCACAGAGGAAGUGAGCCCUGUUGGCUCAGAGGACAGUCAAGAUCCAAAGAAACUCUGCCGUCGACUGGCGCUUGUCUCCUGUAAAAGCUGCUCUUCAGUGCUGGGAGAGGCUGUUGCACCAGGGACGCUGAAACUGUACAUCACACAGGUGGUGGUGGAGCUGGCAGUGGGAGACAGAAAGCCAGAAGCUUCACUUCACAGAUCUCUCUUCUUGGAAAGGACAGUAGCAGUCAGACUGUUGGAGCUGUCUAACUCACUGAGCACCUUCCACUUCUCCGUCCAAACUCCUGAUGGAAAAGCCUUUUUAUUGCUCUGGCUGCUGAACAGCGACUCCAUCGUAGCGUCAGUCCCAGAGACGUGUGUCCAGGGUGAGAGGUCUAUCAGUUCUCCCGCUCUUCACAGUCCAUCAACCAGAGCUGCCAGAGCCCUGAAACUCCUCUACGUCGUCUGCUCCGACACAGGCGUCCAACAGAGAGACAUCGUAACUAGUUGGGAGGUCAGUGCCAUUGGACAUCCUGUGGUGCUGCCGCUGAAGGUAUGUGAGGAGCUGCUGCAAGUGAUAGAAGACAGCAACUCUACACUUCCUGCGUCAAUGCGUUGCAUGAGGUCCUAUAAGGUAACGUACCUGAGACUCUGAGGUCAGAGGUCAGAAGCCAGGAGGUCAUGGCCGCACUUGUCACUCUUGGUAGAGAAUUCAAGAGGACAGCUGACGGUGGAACCUCGGUGAUCAUGUACAUGUGUUCGUACAUGUUACAUCCUGCACAGAUUUCCUGUAAAGUAUGAGAGUGGAGAUUACAGCAGGAGAGAAUGCAGCAGGCCUGGAAAUAGCCUGUUCAGAUGUGUAGCUGUGGUUUCUGGUUGAUUCAGUCAGCACAUUUUUUCCGGGUUGCUUAAUGUUAACACAUAUCCACUAAACGCAAAAGUGGAAGAGAAUGACAACAUCGAAAUAGUUUUUCAUAGAACAGAUAGUUUAUUUGUAGUUGUUUGAUUGUUUUUAAUCCUAAUGUAUAAUUAUACAGGGUGCAUCAUAAUGAUUGCAAAGCCUGUAUAUGUACACUGUAUGUUUAUCCAUUUCUAAACUUUAUCUUGUAUUUUUCUUACCAUUCUCAACAUAAACAGAUUAAAGUGUUGUAUUUUUGAAAGGA